ACUAAGAGAGGAGCAAUCGGGAGUGAGAUCAUGUGAGAGUCCACGCGUCGAAAAGUGGGUUAGCAGGGUAGACUGAGCGAAAGGCAGUCAGAAAGAAAAGGGGGGUAGAGUACUGAAACCUUGCAAGCCAAGCUAAAACACGGUGUGAGCAUUCUGUCAAAAGUUACCGAAAUAUUUCAUCGCGAGAAACAGGAUAACAUGCAACUUAAACAGACGAAGUUAUUGGCAUUUGAUUACACGUCGCAAGAUUAUUGUCCUUGUUUUUCGACAAAUAUUUUGUUAGACUACAUUUUAUUAGGUUAAAAAAAGUUUUCUUUUGCGUGCCAGCAAAUGCAAGUCUUUCAACAGUUUGACAUUUGUAUUUACUUACGACCUAUAUGAAGUCCAGUUUAUUGAUCCAGAAACGGUAAACAUUCAACAUGCGAGCUCAAAUAGAAGUCAUACCCUGCAAGAUCUGUGGGGACAAAUCCUCAGGAAUCCACUAUGGUGUUAUUACCUGUGAAGGCUGCAAGGGGUUCUUCCGCCGCAGCCAGCAAAACAAUGCCAUGUACUCGUGUUCCCGGCAGAGGAACUGUCUCAUAGACCGAACCAACCGCAACCGCUGCCAACAUUGCAGACUGCAGAAGUGUUUGGCGUUAGGCAUGAGUCGGGAUGCUGUGAAGUUUGGCCGUAUGUCUAAGAAGCAGCGCGACAGCCUUUACGCUGAGGUCCAGAAGCACCAGAAGAACCAGGAGUGUCUGAACCAUGGUUUGUCCCUGUCCAGGGAAGAUGCGUCUGGUGGAGACAGCGAGGGGGACAGGCAGGGCGAACUUAGUCGCUCCUACAGCAGCAGGGGCUCCAGCUCCACCUUGAGCGAUCUGGAUGACAUUGCGGUGCUCCCUGAACUGUUCGACCUGCCCUUGACCCCGGAGGAGGCCAAUGAGUACUGCAGCCUGGAGCCGCUGGGAGGCCACGGCGGGAGCACCGGGAAUGCCUCCAACUCCUCGUCGUCCUCGUCCACCUCGUCCAAUCAGAAUUCUCCUCAGCAAAAUCUGCUGGAUGUCACCGACGCCAACGGGAUCAAGCACGAGUACCAGAUGUUGUCGCUCCCACAGGGCACCCUGCUGGAGCCGCGGCCGGACGACUGCACGCUCAUGGAUAUAGAGCGGAUCACCCAGAGUAUUGUCAAGUCCCACCUGGAGACGAGUCAGUACAGCUCUGACCAGCUGAAGAGGCUGGCGUACAGUGGUCUGCAGUAUUCAUCUGAGGAGACCCGCAACUUCCAGUGCAAGUCAUCAGAGUCCAUGUGGCAGCAGUGUGCCCAUCACAUCACCAAUGCCAUUCAGUACGUGGUGGAGUUUGCCAAACGCAUCACAGGCUUCAUGGACCUGUGUCAGAACGACCAGAUUAUCCUACUCAAAGCAGGCUGCUUGGAGGUGCUGCUGAUUAGGAUGUGCAGGGCGUUUAAUGUUAAUAACAACACCAUCUUCUUUGAUGGCAAGUUUGCAUCCGCCCAGUUCUUCAAAGCCCUCGGUUGUGAUGACCUUGUCAGUGCAGUGUUUGACCUGGCUAAGGGUCUCUGCCGCCUGCAGCUGAGUGAUGAGGAGAUGGCUCUAUUCAGUGCCGCUGUUCUCCUUUCCCCAAAUCGACCAUGGCUGACAGACAGACAGAAGGUACAGAAGCUACAGGAGAAAGUCUACCUGGCUCUGCAACACAGUCUGCACAUGAGUGGGGCUGCCGACGAGAAACUAGACAAGAUGGUUUCCAAGCUGCCGAUGAUGAAGUCAAUCUGUAAUCUCCAUAUCGACAAGCUGGAGUUUUUUCGUCUUGUCCACCCUGAGACUGCAUACAGCUUUCCUCCACUCUACAGGGAAGUGUUUGGGAGUGAGAUCUCUCUCCCCGACUCUACAAACGGCUCUUAAAUGGAUGGAGUGAAUGUCUUAGAGAGAGUGAUAAUGAGAGGUAGCGGGCAGAUGUGAGGAAGCGCAAGGAGAGAUUGAGUGAGGGAAAUAAAUACUGACCUCA